UCCCUUUAACUUACCCCACGAGUGACUCGUGUCAGCCUCUGUCCCUCGUGUCGGCUCUAACCGAGCAGCUCGUGUCUGUCAGCUUCACCGCAUCGGCUCCUCUGCUCCACAUCACAUCUGACUCUUCAAGAAGUUUACUAAGUGAAGGUUAACUCGGCUGAUCGCGGUCGAAACCGAGCCACACAGAGGCCGUGUUUACCUGUGGGGCGGACACCAGCGAGUCAGCCAACACAGUGACAGUUAGUCCGGGUUCAUCAGAACCAGCAGGUGAAGGGAGGUGAAACAUCUGGAGCGAACAAGAUGACACAAGAACUGGAGCAGAUUCUGUUGCAGCUGACACAGCCUGACAAUGCCGUCAUUCACCAGGCCACAGCCCAGCUGAAGCAGGCUUUCAAAGAUCCAGCCAUUGUCCCAGCCCUGUGUGCUGUCAUGACCGGCUCCCAGAACCCCGAGGUCCGUCAGUCAGCUGCAGUGAUGCUGAGGCUGCGGGUGAAGAAACACUGGAGCAAGAUCAGCCCGGACGACAGAGAGAGCCUCAAGCUGGUGGUGCUGCAGGCCUUCGUGCAGGAAACAGAACACACGGUGCAGCACUCGCUUUCCCAGCUCUGCGCAGUGAUGGUCAAACACGAGACACCAGACCGCUGGCCCGCUCUGCUGCAGUUCCUCAAUCAGUCCACCAAGAGCAGCAACCUUCACGAGAGACAGGUUGGCCUCCUGCUGCUGAACAAGGUGAUGGAUUCCAACCCCGAGCCUUUCAAGCCUCACUACUGCCAGCUGCUGCAGCUGUUCAGUGCCGUGCUACAGGACCCAAGCAACCCGACGGCCCUGUACUACUGCAUCCUCACCCUCACAGCCAUAACUGCAUACACCGGCUCAGAGGAGAUGCACCUGAUGCGUUCGAUCAUCCCAAGUCUGAUUGCGGCUCUGAAAGUCCUCAUCAAGGCAGAUCAGGACCAAGCCAGCGAGGCCAUGGAGGUGUUCAAUGAGCUCAUGGAGAGCGAGGUGUCCGUCAUCGUCCCUCACGUUGCUGACAUGGUCCGCUUCUGGUUGGAGGUGGGCAGUGACACCACACUGAAUAACUCUUUGCGGGUGAAAGGUCUGUCCUGCGUCACCUUCCUCAUCAAGUUGAAGAGCAAGACUGUGCUGAAGCAGAAACUGCUGAACCCCAUCCUGCAGGCCAUCUUCCCCAUACUUGUUGCAGCCCCACCACCCGGGGAGCAGGACCCAGAGGACGACGAGAACGACACUGGAGACACAGACAAUGACAAUCCCAAACAUUGCGCUGCACAGAUCAUUGACACAAUGGCGCUCCACAUGCCUCCAGAGAAACUGUUCCAACAACUGAUGCCCUUCACUCAGUCCUGUCUCGCCAGUGAUAACCCCUAUCAGAAGAAGGGGGGUCUCUUGUGUCUUGCAGUACUGGCUGAAGGAUGUGCUGACCACAUACGCACCAAGAUGUUGUCACCAAUGCUGCAGGCCGUGUGUCAGAGUCUCUCUGACAGUAAUCAAGUGGUGCGCUGUGCCGGCCUCUUUGCCCUGGGACAGUUCUCUGAACACUUACAGCCUGAAGUGAGUAAGUUCUGCUCGGAGUUGAUGCCUUUGCUGUUGGGAUACCUCUCCUCCUUGAACCACGCCAAGGUCGGCCACGUCACCAAGGCCUUUUACGCCCUCGAGAACUUCAUGGAGAACCUAGGGUCAGAUAUUGAACCGUACCUGCCCACUCUGAUGGAGACCAUGUUGUCUGCCCUCAACAACACUGAAAACCUCAAGAUAAGGGAGCUCGCUGUGUCUGCCAUCGGCGCCAUAGCCAAUGCCGCCAAAGAGCUGCUGGUUCCGUACUUCCCUCCUGUAAUUGAAAACCUUAAGGGCUUCCUGACCACCACCACGGAAGAAAUGAGGUCUCUGCAAACUCAGUCGCUGGACACUCUGUCUGUGUUGGCUCGUACCAUUGGCAAAGAUGUCUUCAGUCCUCUUGCUGCAGAGUGUAUUCAGCUGGGCCUCAACCUCACGGACACCAUUGAUGACCCUGAUCUGAGACGCUGCACGUACAGUCUAUAUUCUGCUGUAUCCACAGUCAGCCCUGAAUGCCUGACUCCUCACCUCACUGCCAUUACCACAGUCAUGCUGCUCGCCCUCAAGUCUAAUGAAGGCAUCACGGCUCACCUAGAGGAGGACAAGACGUUCGUACUCCUGGAUGAUGAAGACAAUGAUGACGACAAAGAAGAUGAAGAAAAAGAUGUAGCUGAUUUCACAGAAGAUGAGACCGAGGCGGAUAUCAACGAUAUUGCAGGGUUCAGUGUUGAGAAUGCUUACAUCGACGAGAAGGAGGACGCCUGUGACGCACUGGGAGAGAUCGCCUUCAACACAGGAGCUGCCUUUCAAGCUUUCCUGGAGUCGAGCUUCCAGCAGGUUUACGAGAUGAGAGAUUUUCCCCAUGAGGACGUCCGCAGGGCAGCAUUUGGAGCCAUGGGCCAGUUCUGUCGAGCUCAGCACAAAGCGUGGAAGGAGAGUCCCACUGAGGCCAACCACCAGGCCCUUCUGAAGUUGCUGGACAUGGUGCUGCCUUGCCUUCUGGAAACGGUUCGGACAGAGCAGGAGCGCCAGGUUGUGAUGGGGGUCCUGGAAACCAUGAACAACGUUAUGAAGUCCUGCAAGGAGGAGGUUUUCAGAAAUCCGUCACGCCUAAAGGAGAUCAGCGACAUCAUCCGCGAUGUGCUGAAGAAGAAGAUGGUUUGUCAGGAUGGGGGUGCUGAUGAAGCUGAUGAUGAGGAACAACAGGCGGAGUAUGACGCCAUGCUACAGGAGUUUGCCGGGGAGGGGAUUCCCCUAGUGGCCGCUUCUGUCCCUGCAGACAGCUUCGCCCCAUACCUCAAUGACCUGCUGCCUCUGAUCAUGAGCAAAGCUAAAUCCUCGUGCACGGUGGCAGAACGCUCCUUCUCUUUGGGCACUAUUGGAGAAAUCCUGGAGUCCCUUGCGGGCGUAUCUGGGGGUAGGGGAGUGGCGGGCCGGCUGUCCAACCGUCUGCUGCCUGUGCUGGUAGCUGGAGUGAGGGACAGUGACGCAGAGGUUCGCAACAACAGCGUGUUUGGACUGGGAUGUCUGGCCCAGGCAGCUGGACCCAUCGUUGUAACAGAUUUUCCGAUGAUGCUGUCGGUGUUUUCCAACAUGCUGACCAAAGAGUCCGACCUCAGGGUGAUCGACAACCUGUGUGCUGCCCUCUGCAGGAUGAUCAUGAGUAAUAUAGAAGCGGUUCCUCUGGAGCAGGUGGUACCAGCUCUGGUGGGUCGUCUUCCCCUUAAAGAGGACCUGGAGGAGAACAAGACGGUGUUCAGCUGCCUGGCCAUGCUCUACACACACAGUCCUGAUCUGGUUGUGAAGUUAAUGAAGCCCAUAGUUGCUGCAUCCAGUGAUGUGUUGGGCAACAAGGACGUUAAUGAAGAAACCCAGAACAACGUGGCCUUGCUGAUGAGGGAAUUUGCGCAGCGCCACUCGGCAGACUUCCAGUUAGCUGUGAUCCCUCUCGCUGGGGAGCAACAGGCCAAACUCAGCGCUGCCAUCUCUGCAGCGUAGCCGACAGGGAGGCCAGCCAAAAGAAAACAUUUUUAUACUGGAGGUGGAAAAUGGGACUGUAAUUGCAUAUGUUCCCCAAAGCUGAUCUAAGUACAGCACUUCAGAUAUCUACAGUAACUACUAUUACCUUCAGCAGUUCUCCCCUGGAGUAUGAACCAUUUAUUUAUUUACUUAUUUGCAUGCCCCUUUUUGAACUUUGGUUAUUUUAAGACUCCCUCUUUACCAUCCUUUGGUUACAUUUGUAUUUAGUUUUCUUGUCAUUCCUGCAAAGCACUACUCAGAACUGCUACUGUUGCCUUGUUGCUGCUGUUCACACAGAUCUCUGGCUUUGCUCCAAAUGUGAAGCAAUAAAUUUGAGCUCCUGUUAAAUAUAAUAUUUCAUUCCCAGCUGUAAUCUGUAGCGGCUGCAUGGGUUCUCCACUUGUUCUGCUUUACUCUUACGAAAGGGAUUCAUCUAAUGGCUCAACGUCUCAGAUGUGUGCUCCUGUGAAAGCUCUGAAAGCACUCACAGCUCUUCAACUAAACACAUUUGAACUCA